AUGGUGGAUAUUCGCAACAAGAGGUGCCGCCAUCCCGAUUGCACAAAGUACCCGUCGUAUGGUCAAGGAAGCACGAACAAGGCGGAGUACUGUUCGAAGCACCGCCACCAGGGCAUGGUCAAUGUCGUCAGCAAGAGGUGCAACCAUGCAGGUUGCACGAAGCAGCCGUCACAUGGUAAAGACUGCAGCAAUAAGCGGGAAUUAUGUGCUCAGCACGUAAAGGAACGAAUGACGAUCGUUCGGCAGGCCACUUGCGAAAGACCAGGGGUUGCAAUUUGAGGGAUUGAUGGACGUGUGGUCGUAUCGCGUUCUCAUUGAUCGUUGUGUGGUUCGGGAUCCACGUUCUCAUUGAUCGUUGUGUGGUUCGGGAUUCACCACGGGUCACCUCGCCAGGGCUACUGAAGAUUCAUGGCUCACUUGGCACUGUACGUUCACGAGAACAUUGCCGUGGUCAGGACGAUGGUUCAGACCCCCGAGGGUUUUUGCCGGAGCGCCUUGCCAGACCCAAUUGUUGGGUGAUUACUGUGGACCGGCGGUUUAUGAG